CAGCACCGGCCCUCCUCUUUCAGCAGGAAAACUGAUGAAUGAGUGAAGGCGACCAAGCCUGCCCAGCAUCUCAUUCCCCACUUCUGAAAACACAGCUUUUCACUUGGAGAGACUCACCGAAGAAACGGGGACAGAAGGGGUGUAGUUUGGCCAUGCCGAGGUAGCAGCAGCCGGCACGUCAGGAUGUCUGAUUUUGAGGAGGUUUUUCCGAAUGGGAGUAAGGAGAGAGAGAUUUUCUACAUCACUGAUGAUGAUGACGAUGACAACGAUGGAGAUGAUGAAGACGAGGGGAUACUUGACCAGUCCCACAGUGCCCCCUUCAGCUCCGAGAAUGAGGCUCAGGGAGGCGACUCUGCCGCCUGGCAGUGCACCCCUCCCCCAUCUACCUCACCUUCGGGGGAGAUGCCAGCCCACACUCCGCCAUCCCAGCCUGCAUCCAGACCCAGGUCCAGGCCGGCCAGCCAAAGCCCCUCCCCUCCCUCCGCCCUGACAGGAACCAAGAAGAGAAGCUCCAAACCAGCACACAUGAGGCGCAACAUCAGGAAGUUACUGAGGGAGCAUCAGCUGGAGGCAGUGACCAAAGUCGCCCAGCAGGACGAGUUAGAGAGGAGACGGCGUCUGGAGCAGCAGAGAAAACAGGAUUUCCCCUUACCACUGCUGCCUGAAUACACAACUGAUGAUGUAACAAAGCACGUGUCGUCAGCAUCAACGGCAUCACAGAAAGACGUGAAGUCUGCCGGACAGGAGGUUGUCAGUUUUGAUGACUCCAGCUGCACAGUCGGCAUUGAGGACGACAGCAAGACUAACAUACCCACAUCUGCUAACACUGAACGCACACACAAAACAGAUGUGAUCGAUCUGAGCUCAAGCGAGGACGACACAGUUGUCCACAUCAGCAGUGAGUCCACCAACGAGGAGGAAGAGAGGCAGCCGAGCGGCGCUCACGUCAACGACACCCUCAACCGACCAGACGCGGACGGCAGAGUGCUGGUCAACCGGAACCAUCCAGCUGAAGAGGAGGACAUUUUCCUGUCGCCUCAGUUGGCACAAGCAGUCAAACCUCACCAGGUUGGUGGAAUCCGCUUUUUGUACGACAACCUGGUGGAGUCGGUGGAGCGGUUCAGCAACAGCAGCGGGUUCGGAUGCAUCCUCGCUCACAGCAUGGGCCUGGGCAAAACACUGCAAGUCAUCUCCUUCAUCGACGUCCUGUUCCGACACACCACAGCUCACACCGUGCUCGCCAUCGUACCUGUGAACACGUUGCAGAACUGGCUGUCAGAGUUCAACAUGUGGGUCCCUCCCCCAGAGGCUCUACCUCCAGAUACAGACCCUAAACUGGUGACGCCCCGGGCCUUUAAGGUUCACAUCCUCAACGAUGAACACAAGAACACAACGACCAGGGCCAAGGUGGUGGAGGACUGGACGCGGGACGGAGGUGUGCUGCUAAUGGGCUACGAGAUGUACCGCCUCCUGUCCAUGAAGAAGAGCUUUGUGUCCGGGAGGAAGAGAAAGAGCAAGAAAGCAACUGGACCUGUCGUCAUCGACCUGGACGAGGAGGACAGGCAGCAGGAAUUACUCAAAGGUGUCGAAAGAGCCUUGGCUCGGCCCGGUCCAGAUGUGGUGAUCUGUGACGAAGGCCAUCGCAUCAAGAACUGCCACGCCAGCACGUCACAGGCCCUGAAGAACAUCCGGACCAGACGGCGUGUAGUCCUCACCGGCUAUCCGCUCCAGAACAACCUGAUCGAGUACUGGUGCAUGGUCGACUUUGUCCGACCAGACUUCCUAGGUACACGGCAGGAGUUCAGCAACAUGUUUGAGCGUCCCAUUCUGAACGGGCAGUGUGUGGACAGCACGCCUCAGGACGACCAGCUGAUGAGGUACAGGAGCCACGUCCUGCACAGCCUGCUGGAGGGCUUCGUACAGAGACGAGGUCAUGACGUUCUGAGGGACCAGCUGCCCUCAAAAGAAGAACAUGUGAUCCUGGUGCGUCUGUCUCCCCUCCAGAGGGCGCUCUACACCGAGUUCAUGAACCGAUUCAGAGAGGCAGGAAACACCGGCUGGCUCAGCCUCAACCCGCUGAAGGCUUUCUGCGUCUGCUGCAAGAUUUGGAACCAUCCAGACGUGCUGUACGAGGCCUUGCAAAAGGAAAACCUGGCCAGUGACCAGGACUUAGACCUUGAUGACAUCACGUCCACGGGAUCCGCCCAAUGUCCAACAGCACCCAAUCAAAAGUCCAAGCCCAUAGAGAAUCCCAUCCCCAUCGGUGGACUGAGUCUCAAUCAGCUGCAGGAGAAAGCCAAUCAGGUCAUCACUUAUGAAUGGGCAAAGGACAUCAUGUGUGAUUACAAGCCCGGCCUCCUGGAGAACUCUGCCAAAAUGGUGCUUCUGUUCCACCUGAUAGAGGAGAGCGUCAGGAAGGGGGACAAACUCCUCGUGUUCAGUCAAAGUUUGUCCACACUGACUGUGAUCGAGGACUUUCUGGCUAAGAGGCCGGUGCCUCCAUCACCCAACACCACCAGCAGAGACAGACCCAACCAGACCUGGGUCCGCAAUCUCAACUACUACAGACUGGAUGGAAGUACAACCGCCUCAGAGAGAGAGAGGCUGAUAAACCAGUUCAACGAUCCAGCAAACACCUCAGCAUGGGUUUUCCUGCUGUCAACAAGGGCUGGCUGUCUGGGUGUAAACCUGAUUGGUGCAAACCGCGUGGUGGUCUUUGACGCCUCUUGGAACCCUUGCCAUGACGCCCAGGCAGUGUGCCGUGUCUACCGCUACGGUCAGAAGAAGCCCUGUCAUAUCUACCGGCUGGUGUGUGACUUCACUCUGGAGAAGAAGAUCUACGACCGACAGAUCUCCAAGCAGGGCAUGUCAGACCGGGUGGUGGACGACCUGAACCCCGUGCUGACCUUCACCAGGAGGGAAGUGGAGUCUCUCCUUCACUUUGUGGAGGAGGAGCCGGACACCUCGCUGGUCCAGCUGAAGCCCCACCACAGCAUCGAGAGCGUCCUGAAGAAGGCACUGCACAUCUAUCCUAACCUGAUAACUAAGCAACCAUUCCCUCACGAGUCCCUGCUGAUGGACCGCAGGGAGCUGAAGCUGAGCAAAGCCGAGAAGAAAGCAGCGAAGAAGGGCUAUGAAAUGGAAAAGAGGGCUUCUGUGCCAUACACUCGUCCUUCUUACGCUCACUACUAUCCUGCCAGCGACCAGAGCCUCACCAACAUCCCCGCCUUCAGUCAGAGGAACUGGCGCCCGCCUAAUCGUGCUGAAGAGAAACCAGUGGCCAGUGCCCGGCCUGUCCAGUCAACUCCAGUUCCCAUGACGCCCCGCCAGGCGACCGCAGGCUCUGCGCCAAGUCAUGAUUCUUCAGGAUCCAGCCUCGGAGGUUUCCCCGUCAACUGCCUGCAGAAAGCUGGAGUCUUUGUACAGAAGAUUGUCACCACUACUGACAUUGUGAUUCCAGGCACCAACAGCUCGACAGAUGUCCAGACGACGAUCAGCGCUGGAGAGAGUAUCCAUGUCAUCAGAGGCACAAAAGGGACUUAUAUCAGGACGUCAGAUGGUCGAAUCUUUGCCAUCAGAGCUGCUAACAAGGCCAAAACUGCUGAGGAUGUUACUUGUACAGCACCCAAAGUUUCCAAGGCGCAACCAGAGGAAGUGUCAACCAAUGGCAGCAAUGGUUGCCUGUCACCUGGCAGGAAGCAGCAUGUCAACUCCACGACUUUGCCCCGUCCAAUAUCACCUGACAGCCCAGAGAUCAUCAGCGAGUUGCAGCGCUACACCGGUGGUACGGCUGGAGCUAAACCAGAGAAUGCCGCAGACAGCAGCCUGCCUUCUACCAAAUUAGUCCAGACUAAGUGCAGCAGCGGGGGAAGUUUUGCCAGGGGAAAUAUGAGCCACCAUGAUGCCACUGUGACCAAUGUAAUCCAACCCAAAAUGGAUGCCACUGCAGCCCAAGACCUGAGUACAGGCAGCAAGCGCAAAGCCUCCACCCCUUCCCUGGAAGAGCGACCCAGUAAGCAGCCACCUACAGGCAAACACUCCUCGGCUCCUCUGGCCUCACAAGGCUUUCCCUUCACCGGGGGGUACGGCCUUCCUCCUCUAGGCCUCAACCCAGCCAUGUUGGGCGGCUCGCUGGGGCACCCACUCUUCAUGGGGACAGGCUCGCCUUACUUCCAGCAGUCUAACGGUCAUUUGGGGGACCCCAGUUGCAUGUACCCAGAUCUGUUUGGCUUUGGUGGAGCCAGUGCGGUCCCCACCUCCUCCACCUCCCCAAAGACAAGCACUGCUGCUGCCGUCUCCUCUUCCUCAUCGCUGUCAGCCUCUGCUUCAAUGAAAGCCGCAUCUUCAGUUCCAGGAGUCCUUCCGCCGUUCAUGCUGAGCCCCAGCAUGGCGGGCAUGGCUGGGAUGCUCCCACCAGGAUUCCCUCUGUCCUACAAUCAGUCUCUGGCGAGUCUCUACACAGGGUCCAUGCUCCCAGGCGGCCUCCCGGGUCCAGCUGCCACUCCUGGUCCAGCCGGAGCCAGCUUCCUUUCCCAGUACCCUCCCACCACCGCCUCCAGCUCCUCCUCCUCCUCUCCCUCCUCCUUCUCCCCUUCAGCACGAUCCGAGGGAAAAAGGGGCACGGUGCUGGUGAAUGGUAGGAAUGUCAGCAGCCCCAGCAGCUCUGAUGAUGACGAUGAUGUGAUUGAAGUCGACGGACAGUGACAGAUGAGUUAUGUGAUUUCUUGAGCAAGCUUGAUUUGAUUUAAUAAUCAGCAAGAUAGGACGACAUCCUAUUUGCAAGGAUGCAGGCUUCAUAUUGCCUGUGGCCUAGAAGGUGAGGGAAACAGACAAAAAAAAAAGAAAGAGAACUGGACGGAUGACAACUGAGCCCAUGCUAAUGUGUGUCCUUCUGCCUCGGAGAACCAGUCUGAAUGGGGAUUGAAUAGAGAGUGACACAUUUUGUUAUGCUGAACAUCAGAAGAUGAAACCUGAAGAAGGAAACUCCAGAGGGAAGAAGAAAAAUCAGAGGACUUUGGUCUUCCAAGUAUUUGUCUGAUACUAGCAUCGAAAAAUACAAAUCACUGGACUUACUACUGCUGAGUGUGUGGACCUGCAGUGACCACAAAUGGCCACUAGUUGUACUGUUGGCUUUAGAGAUUCUAGUUCUGCAGCUUUGCUAGAUGUUGAGACUCUUUUGCUUUUUUUUCCCCAGCUUAUUAAAAAGAUGAAAAUAGGGGUGAAUUGAUAAUGAAGGGGGGGAAAGGUUUGAUAAUGAAGGUAGCUGGUAGUAACGUUUGUGAAAUCUCAGUCAAUGAAAUGGUUUUGUUCGUCAUUCGUCAAAUAUUGCUACUGAAUUAUUCUUGAAACGGUAUCAGAAAAAGUAAAAAAGAUCAGACAGGACUAUUAGAAAGCAUUUUUAUUGAACUCACUGCCAGAACAGUCGCUCUCGAAGUAAGACAAAGAAAAAAAAAGAAGCAGUUGAGGCCAGUCGAGGACGAGGUUGAAGACGAUUACUGAAACCUUAAAACUCUAAUGACCGAAUGUAUGCUUAAUCAAAUGCCUUUCAACCAGGCCUUUUUCCGAAUAAGACUUCUUCUGUUUAGGUAUCAGACGUUGGAAGAUCUGAUUUUUCUGUAAUUGUGUGUGUGUAUUUUAUAUGUAUGUAUUCUCUUUAACUUCUUAAAGAAAAUCCAAUGCCUAAAAGACAGCCAGGUGAAAAUGAGAAAAAAAAAACUGUGUUUUAGUGAGGUUUCCUCCUCGUAGCGGAGGGGGGGAAAAAACCCCCCAACAGAAAAUGCCUUUUUGCCUCCAUCUUUCUGAAUGUUAACUGUGAGAGAGGAUAGGUAAAGAGAGACAGGCGCUCACCGCGGCUCUCUGAAUCUCACCCACAGUCUUACUGUAGCCUAGCGGAGAAAAAAAAACAAAAAACGAUGCAAAACACUCACUUAAGCCUAUAUACGUGUUUGUACAACCCCAGACGAAUUAAGCUCGCAAUCCCGAGUGUUUGGUUACGCUCGUGUCGUUACUGUGUUUGUAUGUGUGUGUUGUGUUUCUUUAGGGUCACAAAAGGAAUCGUUAAAAAAAAAAAAAGAGAGAAUUGCUUUACCUAGUUUGGUAACUCAAAGAUUCCAUCUCGACUCUUGUUUUUAUAUUUACUCUUUCCCAUCUCAUUUUGUGAACAGAGGUCAUCGUUAAACCAAACUUCUUUUUUUUUGGAGAGAUGGUGUAGCUUUGCCAAAAAACAAACAAACAAGAAAUUCAGAAGCACAUCAGAAACCUCCAUGGAAGAGGAUUGUGUCUUAUAAGACCAAAUAAUGUCAAUGAUAUCCACCACAGCAACACACACUCUCUACAGCAUCCUCACAGUCCAUGAUCCAUCCCUCAGUAAGACCUUCACAGGUAACACUGUACUCUGUACUGCACUGUAAAAGACACUUAAUCUGUAUACGUCUGUAGACCGGCGGGAAGCUGGGGAAGCUUCAUCAUAGCGACCAAGUUCCCUUUAGACACACCAUGGACCGUAGUUCUGCUGUUCCAUCGACCACCCCCCUCCCCCCGAGAUCACACAAACUCUUCACUCUGGUCAGCACUGUUCUCCAGUAGUAAAUCUUCUCCUCCUAAAUGGCUUCAGCAUGGGAUUUUUAAUUUUUUUUUAAAAGCACCAGCUCUUGUGUUCAAAACAAAACAUCUUUUUUAACAUCGUCAUUAAAAGACAUCGGGCGUUUCCUUUUUUCUUUCACUUCCAUUUCUUCUGCAUACAACAAUUGUUAGUUUACCUAUGUUUCAUUUUUUUGUUCUCAUCUUUUUACAAUGUUUGAAUUUACCAAAUUUAUUUAUUUAUGACGGUGCAUAUUUAUUCAUUUGUAUUUGUAUUUUUGUACAAUGUUCUCUCUUUUGGUUGCUUUUUUUUUCUUUGAUCUUGUUUGUAAGGUUUUUUUUUAUGGUUAUAUUUACUAUUGUUGUUACUACGGAUCGUAACAUUUUCUGUUUUUUAAGAAAAAUGAUGAUCUGCCAAUCCGACCUGAGCAUGUGAACUUGUGCAGAACUUGCAUGUGGACCAACUAAUUAGUGCGUUACUGUGCAAAUGAAUAGAAAAUCAUAGUUAAGAAGUAAACAUUGAAUCCCAUUAAAGACAACUCUGAUCAUCUCUCGAUUAUGAGAAAAACCCCAAACACAGGGCAGCAGGGACACGAGGAUAAUUUACUGUGAUACUGAGCUGGGAUAAAAAACACUUUUCUUAUCUUGAAGAGCUCAGACUCCUCCAUCGUCCUGCCUGCUCACACGUUCUUUGACAACAAAGUCUAAGAACUUACUCUGAACAAUAUGAGCCAUUCUUUGCAUGUAAAUAACGCUUAUUCACAAGCAUUGAGUCAGGAACUGAAAUAGUCCAACCAUACAACAGUGGAAAAUAAAUUAAUAUCAAGUGCUUCUCUUUCCAUUUUUUUUUAAAAAUUUUUUUUAAUCUUUGUUUAUAACCAUAUCAUCAAAAAUGUCCAUCUGUGUCAUCCCUGUGACAGCGAGCGAGUGUCCUCACUGUUUAAUUGUUUGGUCGUCAGCACGGCUUUCGCUGCGCUGACUGAUUUAUAUUUCAAAGCUUUCUACUUGAAUUUACAUAUUUAUUUAUGAAAAAUCGACAGAGACGAAACCGGCUGUCUCCUGUUCCAUUUUAGCCGAGGAGAAGAUUAAACGCUGCUGUCUUGGAGGGUUGGCUCUAUUCAAAGCCUGUUUGUGUAGUUUAUCGAUGGAUAAUGUGUAUGACCUUGGAUUACUUUUAGAUCCUUUAUUUGUUCUUUUUCUUUUUCUUUUGAAGUUUGUAAAUAAAAAGAAACAUGUUCUAAAUCAAA